CUAUGUUGCAGAAUCCUGAUUAUAUGAAGGAUGAUUUUUUUAUUCAAAUCGAAACAAUCCAUUUACCGGAUCGAGGUAUUAAUCCAAAUGCGCAUUCACUGAGCGUGGAAGAGCUCGAUAGGCGUGAUGUAAUCAGAUUAGAUAUUGCAGACGACUCAUCAUAUCUCAAUUCUGCGAACCGGUGAUG